AUGCGAUCCACUUUCAUCAUUUUUGGAGUGUUCGGAGCGAUUUUUUUUCUAGCCUGUGGUGAAGCAUCUUUUGCAAAACUGACUAAUGCUAUUUGUAAGUCGUAUAACGAAUCGUGGGUGUCAAUUCACUAUUGUCGCCUAAAGGCCUAUUCCCGAAGUAAGACAAGCUUGAAUGUAAAUCUUACACUUUCUGAGCCGGCCUACAACAUAUUCCUCCAUUUGAAGAUGCUCAAAAAAGCCAACGGCUACAAGCCGUUUCUAUUUGAUUAUAACUUCGAUGCCUGUGAGUUUGUGAGGAGGCGAAACCAACCGGUUGCCAAGAUGUUCUGGAACUUGAUCAAAGAUGUAUCCACGGUAAACCACACUUGCCCCUAUAUGGGCCUGCAAGUGUUAAGUGAUUUCCAUGUAAUUGAAUUUCCGGUUCCCCUUCCGACAGGAGAAUACCUACUUUUAUUAGACUGGCUCUUUGAUGGGAAACCGCAGUUUGCUUCAAAUGUUUACUUCUCAUUCGUGGAGGAUUUUAGGAAUAAUGCAUCAGGACACGGACACAAAAACUAA